AUGGGGAAAAAGAAGCAUGCGAAGAACAAGCCGGCGCCGGUGGAUGACCUUUCUCCGGUGAAAAAUUCAGGGGAAACUUCAAAGUCUAAGAAGACGAAGCCUGCGGAAGAUCCUGCGUCUGUGGAAGAUACAGCUAUGCAAUGCCCAAGCGAGGACAAAUCGCCUGUUGAAGAUCUUUCUCCGGUGAAAACAUCAACGAAUCCUAAGAAUCCGAAUCACCGUGUCUUGGAAACUCCUAAGAAGUCGAAGAAGAGGAAGCAGGCGGAAGAUACAGCCAUGCAAUGUUCAAGCGACCAAGAUGUUGAGAUAACAGGUUCAUAUUCUUCUUCUUCCUCUAAUCUCGUCACUAACAACUCCUUCCUCUGCUCUUACAAUCUCUCUACUCUUAGAUUCAGAUUCAGGCACUGA